UUUUUUAUUAGCUCAAGCUUUCGUGACCCAGAUUACGACAGUGGCUGGACGGCAGGCUGGUCAUGGCUUUCCACGGGCGUCCGGUGUGAACUUCACAAGGACUGGAGGCAGACAUGUCUGAUAAGCGACUGUCAAUGAUUUAUAAAGACUGAAGGGCCAAACACAUCUCCCAGAAAACUACAGUCCACCAAGAUGAGGGUCCUGGACAAAGAGGAACUACUUGUUGCUGAGGCGGUUUUGCGUAACCACCUGCCAAAAAGUCACAAGGUGUAUGGCUUCGUACACAGCAUUAACAGGAGCAAGCCAAGCACACUUCAGGUUGUGGUGGAUACAUGGCCUGAUUUUAAGGUCAUCAUUUGCAAACCCGAUCCCACGAACAAGCAGGCGUUAAAGUUCCCCAACAAAGUAUCGCUUUUUUGUAUGGAUGAGGACGUCUUGAGGCGAUUGCUGGCACAGGAGAAUGCAAUCGACUGGAGCACUAACUUUCGGAUUGGAGGCAUGGAUGUUAGCCUCGUUCCUCUGGUGAUCAGGGUGGCCACUGAAAGACAAGUCAACUACAGAGUGUUUACAUCAGUGCGUCUGAUGUACUUACAAGACAUCAGCCACCUGGUGUCACCACUUUUGGACAGAGAAACCGAAGAGAGGAUUACGUCCCUCGACCUCUCCCAUGUGGAAAUAGUGAAUAAUACCUGGAAGUUUGGAGGUGGUGAGAUGGGCUUCAGGGCCGUUGAGAACCUAAUUGGGAACUUCCCUUCAUGCUGCAUCACAGAUGAGAAGGGCCAGCCAGUGGCGUGGAUACUGGUGUAUGAUUACUGUGCUAUGGGUCUGCUGUACACCUUGCCGGAGCACAGGAAGAAAGGCUACGCCAAAGUGUUGAUCAGCACCUUAGCCAAGAAACUUCACACGCUGGGGUUCCCUGUGUACUGCUUUAUUGAAGAGGAGAAUCUGGUGUCUUAUGAGAUUUUCAAACGGCUUGGCUUCACUGAAGAUCCGUCAUACAGGGCCGCAUGGUACGAGUUCAACUUUUGAUCAAACAUUGGAUUGAACCACAUUGGCGUCAUCUGCUAUAAUAUUGAGCGGGAAAAGUAUUUUUACUUUUAUUCAGCCGUGGAACUGCAACAAAUUAAAAAUGAAGAAAAUUCUGAUUGAAAGUGCUGCAAAAGCUUGCAUGUCAGUAUGUUGAAUUACCUACUGUGACAAAAAUGAAUGAUCUAAUCUGAUGACCCACGAAGAUAAUAAGGUUCCAACUAUGAUGUGUUGCCACCUUCUUUUCGCACAAGAGGAGAAACGUCAAAAACAACUUCACGAAAUGAAAGGUUUUCACUGUUGAAGUAGGAAGCCAGUUUCUGGUGAAAGGUGAUAAAUUCAACUGGUGAAAUUAUAUUGUACAGGGACACUAAAAUCGCAAUACGUUUAAACUCUCUUUUCUCAUAUUAUGUUCGGCUCUGUGUCCUUGUGUGAUUGAGUGGCGUCACCGAUGUCAUGUGUAACGUGUACCUAUGAGGAAAUUCAGUCUUAAGGAUCUUUAAAGAACUCCUUCAAUAAAGGUAUG